AUGUUCUCGUCACAGUUGGCUUUAGAGAAAGAAGAACUGAGGAUCCACUUACUGGCUUCAAAGGACGCUCAGAGACAACUGACCGCAGAGCUGAAUGAAGUGACCGAGAGAAACGCAGAGUGUUUGGAAAUGUUCCAUGAAUCACAAGAAGAAAUCAGGGACCUGAGAAACAGAAGCUCUCCGUUCUUUGGGAUGAGGCGCCACAUGGUCCACGGACUAUACCCCAUGGAUUCUUUAGCUGCUGAAAUCGAAGGCACCAUGAGGCGAGAGAUGAGCUUUGAUGAGGAAUCUGCUUUUGAAGAUCAAAGAGUUUCCCAGAAGCGUGUUUUCCAGACGGUUCGUUCUUUGAAUACAGCAGCGUCCUCCAGACCCCCCCCAGCCGGGCCCCCCAUCCCCGGCUCCGGCAGCUCCCUGGUGAUGACCUCCCAGCCCUUCUGCUCCCCAGAGGAGGUGACGAUGGGGAGGCCUGGAGCUCCAGGAGGAAAUGAUUUGGCCAAAGCUCUGCACAGACUGUCCCUGAGGAGGCACAACUUCCUGUGUGAGAGACAGUUCUUCCAGAGUGAGAGGGAGAAGCUCCGAACAGCAGGGGGCGAUGGAGACACCUGCUCCUCCCCCAUGGGCAGCCUCUUCUCUUCCUUCUCCAACCUCUCAGAGCUCUCCUCCAGCUCCUCACUCUUCAAGACCUUCCUCCCAGAGAAACUGCAGAUCGUCAAACCCAUGGAAGGGUCUCUGACGCUGCACCACUGGCAGCAGCUCGCCAAGCCACACCUGGCCACCAUUUUGGAUCCUCACCCUGGGAUCGUCACAAAAGGUUUCCGUCCUCUGACCCGCGACAUGGAGGAGGACCAGGACCAGGACCGGAGUGCGAGUGUGGUGGAGAAGGGAGCCACAGAGCAGGGCAAGGACCAGGAGGAGCAGGAGGAGGAAGAGGCUGGGAUCACCUUCAAAGUUAGGUCUGACAGAAGAGAGAGGAAGCCGCCUGUGUGUCCACUUCCUGUCCCGCCUCUUUCACUAAAUGUACCAAAAACUAACCUCCAAGCAGAGAACCAAUCGGCUCCAAGCAUUCCAGCUCCAAGCAGCCAAUGGAAUAACGACACACUGACGACCUCUGCGGCUUCAGGUGAGUAG